GGCCUGGCCCACAAAAUGAAAGAGUAAUUAAUGAUACACGAGACCCGAAAUAUACGUGCAAAUCAUAUUUCAAAUUUUCUUUCUAGGAUUAAAUUGCGGCUCGCUCACAGCAAUUAAACGCAAUCAUAUCCGACUAAAGCGUUCAACAAUAUUCUAAAAUAUACGAACAUCUAUAAAUUAUUCAAUUUUUAAUUAAUAUAUUGUUUCUAUAAAACAUCUAAAUACAGUGAAAAGUACACCGAUAUAUUAAUUAUCAAAGAUAUAACUUAAUUAACAUUAUAGCGAGACAUUAACAUCACCUCAGCGCCAGUGCCUAGUAUCUUAUCUAAUUUGCUAUCGCAGUUACAAGCAGAACUUCAGAAGAUUUAGCGGGUCUUAUUAUUUGGACAAGGAGCUGUUUGUGUUUAGAGAGAAUUUCCAAAAUGGCAGAAACCGCACUUGAAAAAACAACGGAAACAGGUGCAAUAUCGCCACGUGGCUGCACUUUAAUUGGAGGAUUGCCAGAAAUAAUGAUUCAUAUAUUUCAAUACUUGAAAGAUGAGGAAUUAGAUUUAUGCAGCCGAGUGUGUAUCCUGUGGAGAGAUAUCAUCGUAAAUAUAAUGUAUCACCAAGUAACAAUAAUCACAAGGAGAAUUCCUCUUAGUGUAAUAUACUCCGCAAUCGACGAAUCGGAAAAUCUACGUCCGUACGUUGGGUUCGACGAUCAUUUUCAAUACAAUUGGUUCGUUGUAGAUUUAGGAGAUGAACCUGAACCUACGAUUGAGUCUACAUAUGAUCUUAUUAGAUUCGGAGAAACUACACUUCCUUUCAUUCCAGGUCAUGAAUAUUCGGACAUUAUUGAUAAAUUGUAUCGAAAUGAUGGCACACGCCUUUUUCCUGAUCACUAUAAGUUGGCAUUAACAGCAGAAAUACAAAUAUCAAUGUUUCCAAACAUUCCAGGUUUCAAUAUUAUUAAUUAUUCGUUGAAACAUUUUGGAAUCCGAUGUUUAUUUCAUGAGUUAACAGAUUUGAAAGAGAAAAUGAAGAAUGUAUACCACAAAUUGAACAUCCCAGACGAACAAAAGAAAUGUGUCAUCAUCUGCAAAGAUUUUGCCUUAAGGGAAAUCACAUACAAAGUUAUGAAUUAUUCAAUCUACAGUAAUGGAUACAGGCUCACAAUAUUUCAUGGAGAGAAAGUGGAUGCUUUUGCUUUUUACUUUUUAAAUGCAUUUAAAACUGGUUAUAGGAGAAUUAAAAAGCAAUUGGAAAUGCUGAAAUAUUCUGAAUUCCAAAGGAUAGAGAAGAGAUGUUUCCUGUAUAUUUUCCAUCGAAGGUAUUUAGAGUGGACCCAUACACCAGCUCGAGCAUUUUUGGAAGUGUUUCCUCAAAUGAACUACGUUGCUUUUAAGUGUUUACCUUUAUAUAUAUCAGUCCCAGGAGAUGAAGACUAUUUUCAUGGAGAGUACGAUUAUAAGGUCGACUCUAUUAUAAUGGUUUUUGUAUGGUAAGAAUAAAUGUAUUUUAUUAAACUAGUUUUGUUAAAAUUGGGC